AUUGAAGACACGCGGUUUGUCCAAAAUGGAGUCCGAACACCCAGAGCUCCCUGAGACUCCUGCGACUCAUGAGACUCAAUCCAGCGCCCAUCUGUGCAACCCCACUGUGACCCCUCAACAGCGACAUAUCACUGCGCCCCACGGCUUCUCGUCGACUGUGCCACAAGGCCUCGAUCCAGCAUACACAGCGCUGGAACUCAUCAUUCGAGAAGUCAAGGCCCGAAAGUCCGGUCUCGGUCCCAGGACCUUUCAACCCUGGAUGGUAUUCCCCUUGGCGCCUACUGACCUCAGAGCACUUGACCUAUAUUUCCAAGGCGAUGGUUAUUGGGAAGACAAAGUGAGAUGCGACUACUUUGGAUCGAGUCAGCUGUUUGUCCUCCGCUUGCAUUCCAACCCUCACGAGGUAAUCCGAGCGGAGGUGCGAUACAAAUUAGUCUCCUGCCUGCGCACACUGCCUGGUCGCUGCCCAGAUGAAGCUUCUGGAAGAUUUGCCCACAAAAUCUGCGACUGCGGUUCUGCCACCGUCGAGCUGGCUGUUGGCACUCACUACAGUCGACAUGAUCCAGACAUCUCCUUUAGACAUCCUGCCGCUGCCUAUCCGGGCGUAAUCAUCGAAAUUGCAUCUUCUCAGAAAGCGGAAGCCUUGGAACAACUUGCAAACGACUACAUUUGUGGUUCCAGCGGAAAAAUUCACGUUGUGAUUGGGAUUGAGAUGGAAUUUGGGGGCAAGAAGGGUGCGAAGAGCAGGAAGGCCACUUUCUCUGUCUGGAAACCGCAAUGGACUACUCAAGAUGGAAAACAAUCGGUCCAUGCAGAAUGCACUGCCCGUGAGAUGUUUCGGAAUGAGAAAGGUGUGCCCAAUCUGGACGCCGAGUUGAGUUUCUCGCUCAGCGAAUUCGCGCCUCAAGCCGUUGUCGAUCGUUUCGAGGGUUUCGUCGACCACACUGUCCAGAUCUCGGCCAAAGAGCUUUGUGCUUAUUGUGAGAGUGCAGAGCAGUUGGAGGCCAGGACGGCUGAAGUCGAAGACAUGUGAUGCAGGGUUGAAAGGAUGUAGUUGCAUGAGGAAUACGAAGUCCCGGAGGAGCGCUACACCGAGUCUGACAGAGCAUCCUUGCACGAGCGAUGAACCGAAGCUGAGCUUUGCUGCGACUCUUAAUUCGGCCUGUUGGGAAGUGGCCAGGGAGGGAGUGAUUCGUGGCCUAGUGAUACCCCCUUCAACCAGUUGACGCUUCAAUCAUCUUCCAAGUUCCUGUCGACAAUGCCCUUCCCUGAAUCUUAGUGGGACUUUUCAUGGGCGUCCCAAUGUUUA